AUGGAUUCAUUAAAGUUGAAAGUGGUUGUUGUUGAUCAUGUCCAUCCAUUGGUGUUGAUUGUGUCACGUAAAGAAUUUGUGGCGAAGGUGAAUAUUCAAAUAGUUUGUGGUUCAUCAAACCAGGCAUCGGAAAAGAAGAGGAAGAAGAAAGAAAUACAGAAUCAAAUUCAAUCUACUUCAGAUAGCUUGAGGAAUUCUACUAAAGAUGGAGGAUCCAAUCAAAUUGCGGCUAAGACUUUCACAUUUAGCGAAUUGGCAGCUGCUGCUAGGAAUUUUCGUAGGGAUUGCCUUAUAGGGGAGGGAGGUUUUGGUAGAGUAUACAAAGGGCGUCUGGGGAGGUCCAAUCAGGUUGUUGCGAUCAAGCAACUCGAUCGCAGUGGACUGCAGGGUAACCAUGAAUUUCUUGUUGAAGUAUUGAUGUUGAGUCUACUGCACCAUACCAACCUUGUUAAUUUAAUUGGCUACUGUGCUGAUGGAGAUCAGAGACUUCUAGUUUAUGAAUACAUGCCUCUCGGAUCUUUGGAGGACCAUCUUCAUGAUCCUAUCCCUGGCAAAAAAGCCAUUGAAAAUUCAAAAACUGGUGGAGAGCAGAAUCUGGUAGCAUGGGCAAGGCCUUUGUUCAAGGAUAAGCGGAAAUUCUCACAGAUUGCUGAUCCAAUGCUCCAAGGGCAGUAUCCAACGAGGGGCCUGUUCCAAGCUCUUUCUAUUGCAGCUAUGUGUGUUAAGGACCAACCUGACAUGCGACCGGCGAUCGCAGAUGUUGUCACAGCUUUGACUUAUCUCGCUUCACAGAAAUAUGAUCCUACAACACAGCCAAUCCAGGAUUCCCGCUGGGCACCUCCUACUCCACCUCGAACAAAACGAGAUGGCAACGAGAGACAAAGUGGUGGUACCAGAUUUGAGAGAGAACAUACCAAAAGAUCACUAUGA